AGUCCUCAUGUCCCUCUUGGACAUGGCGGUGUUCUCUGCGUGUCAUAUUACCGGGGACACCACCGCUGUUGCAGAUUCAUCCAAGCUUUACUGUUCAGGACAUAGUUAACGAUGUGCAAUUGUUUAAAACUUGACGGAGGAAAUAAAAUAUAUAUGACAAUAUCUUUAACUGGGGUUACGAAAAACAGGGACACCUGUGACUCUUUUCCAACUGCGCAGCCUUGAGCUCAAGAAUAUUUGUAAUCUAUUUACAGCAGCCGCUGAGUAAGGCGAACUGCGUUCAACGAGACAUGAUCCCAACACGAAGCUGCACUCUCCGUAACUGUUUUUUAUUUUAAAACAACACCACCGUAUUUCAAUUAUUAAAAUGGAUCGUGGUUUGAAAGGGAGACGUGAGGGGGCAGAGCCAGAGAUGGAGGAAAUGCAGGACUUGGGGUCGGGAAUAAUGGAUAUCGACGACGACGAGGAGAUUGAGGAACUUCAUAAAAGUUUAAAAGAAGCUGUGCAAGAUCCAUCAGUGAAGCCUAAACUCCAGUGCCUGAUGGUGGACCCGUCCUUCUCCAUGGUGACGGUACAGAGUGAGGACAGUGGGAUAGUAUGGGAAACUGCUUCCAGUAGAUGCUCAACUCCAUGGGCUUCAGAGGGAAGCUCGCCGUCUGAACAGUACAGCCUGGAAGGCUCUGGAAUGCAGGGGAAUAUUGUAAUUAUUAUGGAUGAAGACCGUAUUAAGAGGAAAAAGACAAGCAGCAGAGGCAAGCUAGGUGACCGGUUUAAAAAGUCAAGCUCCAGGCUGCCAAAAAGCCGGGUAGGUGAGGAAAGACCUGCAAUGAUUGAGGUGUCCGUGCCGAAUAUCAGAUCUGAAAACAAUGAGGACGGCCAGUCUCCUGUGAGCAAGGAUCAAGAUCUUUUUAGUUUGAUAUCAGAAGGUUUUGAGAUACUCAAUAUCGUCGUACCUUCAAAGCUCGCCACAGUAGAUGAAGAAGAUAGCAGUGAACUGGCGGAGAAUUUGGCCUACUUAGAUGAUACACCAAAGAUAAAAUCCAAACAUAAGCACGAACCUGUCGCCACAAAUAGUUGUCCUGGGAACAUAGAAAUUGAGGUAAUAAAGCAAAAUGAAAGCUUGAAGGAUUCAUCCCAGACCUCUGCUGAUAAACAACCGAAGAAGGAUGAAACUCAUAUGGACUAUCUUGAAAAGUUCACACUGUUAGAUGAGCAGGCGCCUAAUGAUAGCACUACACCAACAGAAAAACUUCUACCAGAAGUUACUGUCCAGCCAGAGGAGCCUGAGGUGACUCAGAAAGUACCAAAAACAGAUGAAGCCAUUGAUGAGGAUUCCUUUGUAAUCAUCAGUGAUGUUGACAUCGCAGGUGAACAUCUUGAUGAAGUAUUCUAUGGAAAUAAGUUAAACGCAAUGCCUGUGGUUGAAGACCGAAAUAAAAAAACAGCAAAAGAGAGCUCGAAAACUCUGAAAGAGAGUGGAUCGGUCUUAUUCGGAAGUCAAGAAUGCAUCCUCACACCUGUGUACCUCCCCACCGGCCCGCCAAAGAUCAUAGACCCCGUUCUUCUUGAAGAGCCACGGGCCAUGUCUUUCCACUACUCAGACCUCUAUGAGGAUGCAUUAGGAGACCGAAAGAAAGAAGACGAGUUCUCAGAUACGGAGAGUGUCGUUUCCGAAAGGUCCUUCAAAAGGCGAUAUUCUGACUCUGAUGAGGGAGAUGGAUAUCUUGAGAAGUUCAUAUUGAAGGAUGAAACACCAGUGGUUGCUAAUGCAGCCGAGGCCAAACAAGAGGAAGGCGGGGGGAAAUGUGCAUGGUCGCAAAGUAAAUUUGAACUCACUGGAUGUUUAGAAAGAGCACAUGAAGAAAACGAUGAAGAAAUUGCCGAACAACCAUGUGCGCAGGAUAAAAGUGAAAACAAAGUGCAGUGUGAGUCCACAGGGUGUUGUUCAGAAGGGCACUGUGCUCCACAAAUUCAACCUGAGGUGGAAAAGAUCAUUAGAGGAAAGGUCACAUCAGACGACUUGGUUGCAAAGCAUAGUAAGAAAGUUGAAAAGCAACGUGAUGUCACGUUUAAAGACAGUAUCACAACAAAAAUUGACCUUGAUGACACACAACCUCAUGAGGCGGUUCAAGUCCUUGAGCCAGAAAGCAAAACCACCAGUAAAGAAGAACAAAAAAUUGUGACUGCUCAUAUUCAAGUGCCUGGGGUUAUUAAAGCUAAAGAUGAUUUCGAAAUUCUGCCUGUGACAAAGAUCUCAGAGAAAACCCUGGCUGAUGCAGUUAAAAACAUCAGUGUUUCUGAGACUAGUGCAGAUAAAUGUCACAAAGCAGCUGAUGUCAUUGCUGACAUUCAGGAAACAAGUAUCAUUACUAAAAAUGACAAAGGAGAGAAUAAUAAAACCAAAAUUUCAGAACCAAAUAUAACUCAAAGGAUUGAUAAAAACAUAGUAAAAAGAGAAGCACCAGAAAUAAUUGUUCAGGAGGUUAUCAGUAUCAAAGAACCACUGUUAGAUAAAACAGAACCUCCUAAAGCUGAAGAACAUUUGAAAGCAGAGGUCAAGCCUUCAGAAGAUACUAAAAGAGUUAUAAGAGAUGUUACUAAAUCCUUAGAAAACGCAGAAAUACUUGCUGCAGUUGAGGAUAAAGUGAGUGAAGGAUUAAUACCCAAGAAGGAGGAACACGAGCAAGUAAUUGACAGAAUUGGUGCAGCGCAAGAGGUUGAGGCCCAUAUCGGUACAGCAAAAGCAUUAACAAAACUUGAAAUGAAGCCAGAGACUGAAAUUACAUCAGUUCAGAGAGCUUCAGAAAAAUCACAUCCAUGUGAAACAGAUACAGCAAUCACUGAGCUUCAGACUAAACCUGAGAUUACAAGUGAGGAGAAAAUAUACCUCGAAUUACAAAAUGAAUUGCAAAACAAGCAAGCUAAAGCAGACAUGGGUGCAAAUGAGGCGCCAGUGCUAAAACAAAGACUGGAAAAGCAAAAGGGACAUAUUGACAUACCUGAGAUUGAAACUGGGGUUACAGAAAAACAUGGAAAAGUUGAGGAAAUCAAGGUAGAUGUUAUAGAGGAAGCAAAUCAGAAAGUUAGCACCACAAAAGAGCCUGAGAUACCUGCUGAGAAAACAGUAACAAAAGAGAUUAAAGAAAUGAUUGAUUCAAGGCAAGAAUAUAGCUUAUUGUUAGCUAAUGACGUGGAAGCAUCUGCACGAGAAAACAUAGAAAUGAUGAAAGUAUCUGAAGAUGUAGAGGACUCAUCAAAAGUAAGGCCUGUUGUACCAACAAAGGAGGUACAGGUAGAAGAACAUAGUGAAGUCAAUGACGUGCCCAUAUUAACCAGAGAGAUCCCAGUGAAAGAAUCACCCAUUAGUAGGUCAGAUAUUGAGAAUAAGAUGGUACCUCUUACAUCAACAGAAAUUUUAGAGGAAGGAAAGAAAACACAUAUGGAUGAUGUGCAGAUUGAAGAUAUAACAGACCUACCAGAGCCCAUUUCGCCUCCUCCUCCAGUUGAUGAGGACGACACCUCAGCAAUGAGAGUUUCACCUUUAGAGCCAGAGGAGAGUGUGAAAGUUUAUGAAGAUAUACAUAGAGGAGGAAGACUAAGUAGGACUAAAUGUGUCUUCUCACAAUUGCGAAGUUUUACCCCUCAAGAGGACCUGUCGGCCUUGAACUGCGACCCAGAUUUGCAGCAGGAAAUUGCAGAGGAGCUUGAUUAUGAGAUGGUCACCGAACAAGAGGCAAGACAAUCUGAACAAGCUGUAGCUGAGGAAGGGCACCAUGAACGACUGUCAGAUCAGAACCUGGAAAUUGGUUUCGAGUUUGUUGAUGAUCUAGAUAGCGCCCAGAUGGCGGAAUAUGAAGAACAGGAACUUGAAAUCCAACCAAUGGAUGCGUUCUGCCUUGUUUGUCGUUGCCCAGUAUUGCUGAGUGAGGCUGAGCAUCAAAACCAUGAGAUGGCCUCUUUAGACGAGGCCUUUGACAGUCUGAAGAAUCAACUGAGUGAACUGAUAUCAGUUUUACAAGAAAGAUCAGAGAAUAUUGAAGACUUUGUAUCUGAGCUUGAGCUGGCGUACAACACAGUGGAGGAGAACUUUAAUGAUGGUGAGAAGAUCAUAAAGGAACACAAUGAGGAGGUGGUGAAGCUGUUGAUGGAUCAGUAUAAUGAGAUGUCUCAGGCCAUGGAGGAGGAGAAAAAGGCCAAACUGGAGCAGCUGUACGACCAGAUCGUCUCGUUCCAGGAGAAUAUUGACAAGGCCAAGGAGACUAUGGAGAUGACAGCUAAGGAGGAGGAAGAGACGGACCCGCUUAAGUUUCUUUCUUCAUCAAAAGAUAUCAAUAUGAGGUUGAAUACUGCUGUGGAGUCCACCAUGUCACUUGAACUUGGUCCACGAGGGCUGCUGGUUUUUGAGGAUUAUGCCAAGGGCAAAUCAGGCAAUGGGAGGAAAAACAGACAAGCCAUUCCAGUGCCCCAAAAACCACAUCUUCAGCCUCAACAGGCCAAUUCUGCAACCAGCACUUCCGUCACUGUGUAUUGGAAAGUCAACGAGGAUGACAUUAUUGACUGCUUCCAAGUCUACUGCAUGGAAGAGCCACAAGGAGCAAUCUCAGAGGAAUACAGGGUGACUGUGAAGGAGAGCUACUGUAAUCUAGAAGAGCUGGAACCGGAUAAGUGUUAUAAAGUGUGGGUGAUGGCGGUGAACUACACAGGCUGCAGCAUGCCGAGUGAGAGACUACCCUUCAGAACCGCUCCUUCUGUCCCGGUGAUCCAGACAGAACAGUGCACGGUGCUAUGGGACACGGCCACGCUGCGUUGGAGCGCCGUUCAGCCCAGCGCUGUGGACAGUUUCACAAUAGAGUAUUGCCGCCAAUAUGCAUGUGAAAGAGAGGGACUCAGAUCCAUAUCAGGGAUAAAAGGCUAUGAGCAGAGGGUCCUCCUUCAGCCCAAUGAGAAUUACCUCUUCUACAUCAAAUCAGUGAAUGCCGGAGGGGCCAGUGAGCAGAGCGAGGCGGCCCUUAUCUCCACCAGAGGUACGAGGUUCCACUUCCUCAGCAAAACGGCCAACUCAGUGCUGAAGGUUUCAGAGGACAGGAACUCAGUAGAGUACCCACAUGACACCUACACUAAAAUGUCCUCAAUAAUAGAAUGUCCAGCUGUUUUGGGUGAGCUUUUACCUUCUCUUGGAUAUUACUACUGGGAAACAGAGGUCUCAAAGUGCAAAGCCUACCGCAUCGGCAUUGCAUAUCAAACUGUGUCAAAAACCAGCACGCUUGGGGAGAACAGUGCCUCCUGGUGUCUGCACUGUGUACCUACAUCUAUAAGCUGCAGAUUUGAGCUGCUUCAUGACCGUGUGGAGUCUGACAUCUUUGUUAUGGACAUACCUGCGCGGAUCGGCACUCUGUUGGACUACAGCCAGGGUCGGCUAUUCUUCUUCAACGCUCAGAACGGGCAGCUCUUGGGCACUUUUCGACACACCUUCACUCAGCCCUGCCACCCUGUGUUUGUCCUAGAGCAGCCGGGGAAUCUAGAACUAAAAAUGACCAUGGAGGUGCCAGAGUUUGUUAAGCACUGCUAGUUUACAUGGCAUAGUUUACAAGUCUCAAAGCUCUGGGCUUGCUUGUGCCACAGAAUAUGAGUCGAGAGAUUCUUUUUUAAUAGCAAUAAAAUGAAUCCGUAUUGUGCUGUCACAUGAAGAACUGCUCAGUUCUAUGAAAUGCUGUGACUGAUGAGAUUAUGAGAAAUAUUUAGUCAGGGUGACCACACGCCCUCUUUUUCCCGGACACGUCCUGGCCGAGAUUUCUAAAUUACCAAAAAUGUUUUGGUCUUGGCUUUGUUUUCUUAUUGAUUCAUUCAUGCUGAAGGUAACGACCAAUAGCGUGCAUGCAUUGUACAUAAUCCACGACCAAUUAUGGCAUGCGUGUAGGUGGGAUCUACAGAGAACCAUCAAAGCAAUGCAAGUACACAAACAUGUAGAAUGAAGACCGUACAGAGCACGUCCAAAGGAAACGCUAAAUCCCGGGCGUUUUAGGCAAUUUAGAAAUGCUGCCCAGGACAUAUCCAGGACAAAAGGAUGAAUGGCCACGCUAAUUUAGUUUUGUGAAAGGAAGGGUUGUUUUUGAAGCUGUGCUUUUAAAUCCCUCCAGAAACUUUUUUUUGGAGCUGUUGCAUUGUUUUUGUAUAUAUGAAACAGAAAGUGCAUGUGACCAGUUUUGUUGCUUAUUAUACAGUUUAUGAUGAACCCCUGGAUCACAUGAUGUGCAGACAUUCAUAUUCAGAGUCAAUGUAUUUAUUUUGGAAGCUACAGGCUUCCUGGUUGUUUGAAUAAAAUGAAUAGAUGUUGGCACUGCUAAUAAUAUGCUUUAAUAGCUUAAUUCUCCCUCGGUGGAGACACGUGCUUGGAGAUGAUGGGCAAGGCAUCACAAAUGAGUGAUGAAAAUAUUUAUUUUUCUGUGGUUUACUUUAUUUACUUGAUUUGGUAGGAAAAGGUUAUUUCACUGCACUUUCCAUUUGAAAUUGUUGCUGGUCAGGAUCUUGCUUAAUCACAAACUAAGCAAAAGGAAAUGAACAGUUGAGAGAUUUUAGUAUUCACUUCCAAUUCUUCACCACAGUAUCACGUGCAUAUGUUUUUUUUCUGUUCUGCUCUAAAAGCUUCACUGUAUGACAGUCAAAAUCAGUCACUUGCAUGAAAAAACACAUUUUAAUUCUAUUUAUUGUUUAAUGGCCACAUACUGUAGAGAUAGCACUUAAUUUAAUAAAGUUGUUUGGUGUCUGUUUUGUAAAAUUAUUAUUUGCAAUUUUUCUGUUGUCAGAUCAGUAGUAGUGGUAUAAAUUAGUCUACUUGUAUAUUUAUUUGUAUUUCUGAAACCAAGCUUCUGAAUAUUUUUAGUGUCACUCAGACCUUUUGAAAUGUUUUUCCAUCAGAGAUGUUUUGAUGAACAAAAAAUUAAAAGGAGAGU